AGGGUAGCGGCGGCUAUGGCGGUGGAGACGCGGCCCGAGCUGGUGGGGAAGCGGUUCCUGUGCGUGGCGGCCGGUGAGGACGCGCGUCCUGAGCGCGGGCAGAGCGGCUGCGGGCGCGGCUGGCGGGCGGGGGUCAUCCGAGCCGUGUCCCAUCGCGACAGUGGCCACCGGGACCUGGCGGUCUACGUGGAAUUUGAUGACCUUGAGUGGGAUAAACGGGAGUGGGUUAAAGUUUAUGAAGAUUUUUCAACUUUCUUGGUGGAAUACCACUUAAUCUGGGCCGAAAGGAAAGACCCUAGCCAGACUCAGGGAUCAAAGAGCAGACAGAUUCAGUGGCCUGCACUGGACGACAUAGACAGCCAGAAGCCCAUACUCAGGGACAACCCACAGCUGCAUGCGGAAGUGAAGGUCUGGGUGAAGGAGCAGAAGGUUCAGGAGAUUUUUAUGCAAGGUCCUUAUUCCUUAAAUGGAUACAGAGUGAGAGUAUAUAGACAAGAUUCUGCCACCCAGUGGUUUACUGGCAUAAUUACUCAUCAUGAUCUCUUCACCCGCACCAUGAUCGUUAUGAAUGAUCAGGUACUAGAGCCACAGCAUGUCGAUCCUUCUAUGGUUCAAAUGACCUUUCUAGAUGACGUCGUUCACUCUUUGUUAAAAGGUGAAAAUAUUGGCAUUACAUCACGACGCAGAUCUCGUGCCAGUCAAAAUACCAAUACUGUUCACGGUCAUUAUACACGUGCUCAAGCAAAUAGUCCCAGACCAGCAAUGAACUCUCAAGCUGCUGUACCAAAACCGAACACACACCAGCAACAGCAACAAAGAAAUGCUCGUCCAAGUAAAAGGAAGGGCUCGGACAGCAGUAUGCCUGACGAAGAGAAGAUGAAGGAAGAAAAAUAUGAUUAUAUAUCACGAGGAGAAAAUCCUAAAGGUAAAAACAAACAUGUGAUGAGUAAAAGAAAGAAACCUGAGGAGGAUGAAAAGAAACUUAACACAAAAAGGUUUCGGACUGACAAUGUUUCAGAUGCCUCCGAGAGCAGUGACUCAGAAAAUUCAAGUAAGAAAAUAACUGAUAAUUCCUCUGGACAAACACAAGAGUUUGAGCUGAAAAAUAAAAUCACUUCAAAGGUAAACGGAGAAGAAGGAAAGCCCCAGGUUGCUGAGACGGCAGGAGAAGCGCCCCUAACGGAUAAUUCAUCUCACUGGGAUCAGAUGCAGGAAGAGAAAACCCAUGAAGAAGGGGAAAAGCUGAAAUCCAUGGACGGCCACCUUCAAGAAAACAUGGCUCUCCGUCCAUCAGAACAGGCCAUAGCUGCUGACCAUGAUUCUAAUAAUUCAGGUCUUCAAGAAUGCAAUAUGGAAAAUAAACACACGGUAGAAUUAUUACCAAAGGAGAAGUUAGCAUCCAGAACACCGACACCCAAAUGUGUUGUGGAUAUCAAAAAUGAAAUUCAUUCAGACAGGAUGGAUCAGGAAAAUUUAAAUACUUUUGGCCUCCAGACACAUGAGAACAUGGAUCCAAAUGUCAGUGAUUCCAAACAUUCAAAUGCUAAAUACCUAGAAACAGCAAGGCAAGAUUCUGACCAGAGCUGGGUCAAUGAUUUGGUGAAAGUGGAUUUAACUCAAUCAAGUGUUAUAAAUGCUUCUUCAGGAAAUGGUCACCGAGAUGUGGAUAAAGAGAGAAAUCACUAUGUUUCCUACAUGUCUUCAUUAAGCUCAGUUUCUGUCGCAGAAGAUCCGCUGCAUAAGCGAAGUCCACCCCCAGAAACUAUAAAGUCUAAGCUAGCUACUUCAGGAGACACUCAGAAGAGAAAAUCCAGUUCUUCGCCUGAGGUUGUUAAACCCAAGAUGACCCAGUCUCCUGAUUGUGUAAAGCCUAAGGCUGCUUACGGGGACAACCAGGCUAUUAGUGAGAGAAGGCUGGCAGCUAAAGUAGAACAUGAGUUAUCCAGAUGUAGUUUCCAUCCAGUUCCUGCUCGAGGUAGUGCUUUGGAAACUACGAAGAGCCCUCUAAUCAUUGAUAAAAAUGAGCAUUUCACAGUUUAUAGGGAUCCUGCUCUUAUUGGAACAGAAACGGGAACUAAUCACAUUUCACCAUAUUUGAGCCAGCACCCCUUCCCUCUUCAUUCCUCAUCCCACAGAACCUGUUUAAACCCAGGUACCCAUCACCCUGCCUUAACGCCAGGACCCCACUUACUAGCUGGGGCGUCUAGUCAAGCUCCAUUACCCACCAUCAACACUCACCCCCUCACUAGUGGUCCACACCAUUCUGUCCAUCACCCACACUUACUUCCCACUGUGUUACCUGGAGUGCCUACUGCCUCUUUGCUUGGUGGCCACCCACGCCUGGAGAGUGCUCAUGCCAGUAGCUUGAGCCAUUUAGCACUAGCACACCAGCAGCAGCAACAGUUGUUACAACACCAGUCACCUCAUCUUCUCGGACAAGCCCAUCCUUCUGCUUCAUAUAAUCAGCUUGGACUUUAUCCAAUUAUUUGGCAAUAUCCAAAUGGAACACAUGCAUACUCAGGACUUGGUCUGCCUUCUUCUAAGUGGGUUCAUCCAGAAAAUGCAGUUAAUGCUGAAGCUUCAUUAAGGAGGAAUUCUCCCAGUCCUUGGUUACAUCAACCCACUCCUGUGACCUCAGCGGAUGGUAUUGGAUUGCUUAGUCACAUUCCUGUCAGACCUUCCAGUGCAGAACCUCAUCGACCUCAUAAGAUUACAGUGCAUUCCAGUCCACCUCUGACAAAGACUUUAGCCGAUCACCAUAAAGAGGAAUUGGAGAGGAAGGCUUUUCUGGAACCAUUACGGUCUAAUGCAUCCACAUCAGUAAAAAGUGACCUGGAUCUUAAUAGGUCCCAAGCAGGAAAAGAUUGUCACUUGCAUAGGCAUUUUGUGAGCCAGAGGCUUCCCCAGGAGACUGGAGAGAGGCUGAACAAGUACAAGGAGGAGCAUCGUCGGAUUCUUCAGGAAAGUAUUGAUGUUGCUCCAUUUACAAGCAAAAUCAAGGGGCCUGAGGCUGAACGAGAGAAUUACUCCCGCGCAGCUCCAUCGUCUUCGAGUCCUAAGACUCACACUGUCAAGCAGGAUAAAGAUGUAGACCGCUCGGUGUCGGAGCUUUACAAGAUGAAGCACUCAGUGCCCCAGAGUAACUAUUUCACUACACUAUCUAACAGUGUGGUCAAUGAGCCACCAAGAUCCUACCCAUCCAAAGAAGCUUCAAACAUUUACACUGAAAAACAGAAUAAUAAUCUUUCUGCAGCAGCCAGUCCUCAAACUCUUUCAUUUAUAUCAUCUCUUUCAAAGCCUCCACCUUUAAUUAAACACCAACCAGAGAGUGAAAGUUUAGUAGGCAAGGUACCAGAUCAUCUUCCCCAUCAGAUUGCAUCUCACUCAGUAACAACUUUCAGAAAUGAUUGUAGGAGUCCUACUCAUUUGACUGUUUCCUCUACAAAUGCACUCCGAAGUAUGCCUGCUUUGCAUAGGGCGCCAGUGUUCCACCCGCCAAUCCAUCCCAGCUUGGAAAGGAAGGAAAGCAGCUACAGCAGUCUUUCCCCUCCGACCCUCACCCCAGUGAUGCCAGUAAAUGCUGGUGCCAAACUUCAAGACUCUCAGAAGCCUCCAACUCUGAUGCCUGAGCCAAAAGACUCUCAGGCAAACUUUAAGAGUUCUUCUGACCAGAGCCUAACAGAAAUGUGGAGAGCUAAUAACAACCUCAACAAGGAAAAAGCUGAAUGGCCCAUGGAAAAAGGUAGUGGAAAGUCACAGGCCGCUGUGGCAUCUGUCAUUGUCCGUCCACCUUCGAGUACAAAAGUUGAUGGUGUGCCACCUGUACCAUUAGUUUCUAAAGAUCGAGUUUGUGAAAGAUCUUCAUCUGGCGCAAGUAAAACAGAUUACCUCAAACCAGAAGCUGGAGAGACUGGACGAAUCAUUCUACCAAAUGUGAAUUUAGAAAGUGCUCAUGUGAGAUCUGAAAAAAACUCUGAAGCUGUCUCCCAGGGCAGUGUUCCCAUUUCAGUCAUGUCUGCUGUAAAUGUAGUCUGUAAUACCAAAACAGAUGUGUUCACAUCUGCUGCUGCUACUACCACCAGUGCUUCCAGCUUGGGUGGUUCAGAAGCAGUUUAUUCCUUAUCAAGUACCAUUUUGGCCUCUUCAUCCUUAGAAUGUACUUCUUCAAAAAGUGGGAGUCAGUCAGUGGUGCCAGCAAGGGAAUGCAAAGUCAGCACCACAGUUCCAGUCACUCUGGCUUGUAGUAAGACAGGAAGUGGUGUUCAGCCUGGCUCUGGCUUUUCAGGCACAACUGAUUUUAUUCAUUUGAAAAAGCACAAGGCAGCAUUGGCUGCAGCUCAGUAUAAAAAUAGUAAUGUCAGUGAGGCUGAACUUAAUACUGUGAGAAAUCAGACAGCGGCAGCCUCUCUUCCCCUGGAUAGCACCAUGAUCUGUGGUGCAAGUAACAAAGCAAUCUCUGUAGGAAAUGGGCCAGCAGCCCAGACCAGUCAGCCCAACUACCACACUAAAUUGAAGAAGGCCUGGCUCACCAGACAUUCAGAAGAAGAUAAAAAUACUAACAAAACAGGAAAUUCAGGGAAUUCUGUAUCAGAAAUUAUUAAGCCAUGUUCUGUCAACUUAAUAGCCUCCACAUCUAAUGAUAUACAAAAUAGCGUAGAUAAGUAUGGAAGAGAUGAAAAAGUCAGUAGGAGGAAAGCCAAAAGAACUUACGAGUCUGGCUCUGAAACUGGAGACUCAGAUGAAAGUGAAAGCAAGUCAGAGCAAAGGACUAAAAGGCAGCCUAAGCCAACUUAUAAAAAGAAGCAGAACGAUUUGCAGAAAAGGAAAGGUGAGAUUGAAGAAGACGCAAAACCCAAUGGAGUUCUCAGCAGGAGUGCCAAAGAAAAAAGCAAACUGAAGUUGCAGAACAGUAAUAGUGCUGGCAUUCCUCGUUCAGUGUUGAAAGACUGGCGGAAAGUCAAAAAGCUGAAGCAGACUGGAGAAUCCUUUCUGCAGGAUGACUCUUGCUGUGAGAUAGGGCCCAACUUACAAAGGUGCCGAGAAUGUAGACUUGUUCGUAGUAAAAAAGGAGAGGAGUCAGCUCACUCUCCAGUGUUCUGCAGGUUUUACUACUUCAGAAGAUUGUCCUUUAGUAAGAAUGGAGUGGUCAGGAUAGAUGGUUUCUCUUCUCCUGACCAAUAUGACGAUGAAGCCAUGAGCUUAUGGACACAUGAAAAUUAUGAAGAUGAUGAAAUAGACGUUGAAACCUCUAAAUAUAUCUUGGAUAUAAUAGGUGAUAAGUUCUGUCAAUUAGUAACAUCAGAAAAAACAGCUUUGUCCUGGGUGAAAAAAGAUGCCAAAAUUGCCUGGAAAAGAGCAGUACGGGGUGUCCGGGAGAUGUGUGACGCGUGUGAAGCAACACUGUUCAACGUCCACUGGGUUUGCCGCAAGUGUGGAUUCGUGGCUUGCUUGGAUUGUUACAAGGCCAAGGAGAGAAAGAGCUCCAGAGAUAAAGAGUUAUAUGCUUGGAUGAAGUGUGUGAAAGGACAGCCUCAUGAUCAUAAACAUUUAAUGCCAACUCAAAUUAUACCUGGUUCUGUGUUGACAGAUCUUCUUGAUGCCAUGCACAUUCUUAGGGAAAAAUAUGGUAUUAAAUCCCAUUGCCACUGUACUAACAAACAGAAUUUACAAGUUGGAAAUUUUCCUACAAUGAAUGGUGUGUCUCAAGUGCUUCAGAAUGUCCUUAAUCACAGUAGUAAAACUCCCCUGUGUGUGCCCGAGUCUCAGCAGCAGGACACCCCCCAGAAGUCUCAGAGUAACGGCAGUAGCAGCCCUGGAAGUGUGAGCACAGACAGUAGAUUGACACCCCCGGAGUCCCAGUCCCCGCUGCACUGGCUAGCCGACCUUGCUGAGCAAAAAGCCAGAGAGGAAAAACAAGAAAACAAAGAAUUUGCUCUUGAAAAAGAAAUUAAAGAAGAUGGAGAAGAAGAUGCCUCUGAUUCUCCAAAUGGCAGCACAUCACCUCCAGCAUCCCAGAACAGUGAACAGGGCUCCACCCUCCGCGAUCUGCUGACCACAACAGCUGGCAAGCUUCGUGUGGGCUCCACAGACGCUGGCAUCGCCUUUGCGCCAGUGUAUUCAAUGGGACCCUCAAGUGGCAAAAGCGGACGGAGUAUGCCUAACAUUCUUGAUGACAUCAUUGCUUCAGUUGUUGAAAACAAAAUUCCACCAAAUAAAACAUCCAAGAUAAAAUCAGAGCCUAAUGAAGAACCUAAAGAAAGCCAACACUCUGCCGAGAAUGAAAGCAAUAAGUUACACAGUGAUAUUCCACAUUCUUGGAUGUGUGACCAGCAUAUUUUAUGGCUUAAGGAUUACAAGAACAGCAAUAACUGGAAACUUUUCAAAGAGUGCUGGCGACGAGGACAGCCUGCAGUGGUUUCCGGCGUGCAUAAGAAAAUGAACAUUAGCUUGUGGAAGGCAGAGUCAAUUAGUCUGGACUUUGGGGACCACCAAGCUGAUCUCCUGAACUGCAAAGACAGCAUUGUUUCAAAUGCCAAUGUUAAGGAGUUCUGGGAUGGUUUUGAAGAAGUUUCAAAACGUCAGAAAAACAAAAGUGGAGAAACAGUAGUGUUAAAGUUGAAAGACUGCCCAUCUGGAGAAGACUUCAAAACCAUGAUGCCAGCAAGAUAUGAAGACUUUUUAAGAAGUCUGCCAUUGCCAGAAUAUUGCAACCCAGAAGGGAAGUUAAAUUUGGCCUCUCAUUUGCCUGCGUUCUUUGUACGCCCUGAUCUAGGACCCAGGUUGUGCAGUGCGUAUGGUGUUGCUGCUGCUAAGGAUCAUGAUAUAGGAACCACAAACCUUCACAUUGAAGCUUCUGACGUUGUGAAUAUUCUUGUCUAUGUCGGCAUAGCAAGAGGAAAUGGUGUUCUCUCAAAAGCAGGAAUACUUAAGAAAUUUGAAGAAGAAGAAUUGGAUGAUAUUUUAAGGAAAAGAUUAAAGGAUUCGAGUGAAAUACCUGGUGCUCUAUGGCAUAUUUAUGCUGGCAAAGAUCUUGACAAGAUAAGGGAAUUUCUUCAAAAGAUUUCAAAAGAACAAGGCCUGGAAGUUCUGCCAGAGCAUGAUCCAAUACGGGACCAAAGCUGGUAUGUGAAUAGAAAGCUCCGCCAGCGGCUGCACGAGGAGUACGGAGUGAGAGCCUGCACUCUGAUUCAGUUCCUUGGCGAUGCGAUUGUUCUGCCAGCAGGAACACUUCAUCAGGUACAAAAUUUUCACAGCUGUAUUCAGGUGACUGAAGACUUUGUCUCUCCAGAACACCUCGUACAGUCCUUUCACUUAACACAGGAGCUGAGGCUGCUGAAGGAGGAAAUCAAUUAUGAUGAUAAAUUACAGGUGAAGAAUAUCUUGUAUCAUGCAGUAAAAGAAAUGGUGAGAGCUUUGAAGAUGCAUGAGGAUGAAGUGGAGGACAUACAGGACACUUAAGUGUGGUUGGAACUGGGAUGCCUGUUGAGUGACAAUAGGUUUGACUUGAGCUCCAUUAAACCAUCAGUGCCAAGAAAUUCUCUUUGUAGUAAUUACUUGCUACUGACACCAUACCAGUAUAGCAUUAUGUCACAGCCCCUGUGAUUCAGUGCUACCUAUAAAACAAGCUGAAUUUAAAAGCAGCACUAGAUAGCUGCUCCUGUAUCAUAGUGUAUCUGAUGUUUGUGAAGAUGCCAGAUUUAAAAUGAUGUAUUUAUUUUUGGUAAAAAACAAAACAAAAAAAUCUAUGCUAUAUUGUUGAUCAAGUGUAAAUGUGCUCUUGUACAGUUUAAUAAAUAACCGAUAUUUUUCACUACAUUGAGACAGUUACUGUGAGACUAGGACACAAACACCAGCUGUUGCCUGCGUUUGGAAAAUUGCUGGAUUGCACAGCAGUCAUGUCAUAAUCAGAAAAUUACUGCCAAAUAAUUGUAAAAUGUGUAAAAUACAAAGUAUAUAAAGUAGAUACUAAACUCAGACACUUCAAUAUUUUGUUGAAGCUAUUGACUGUACAAUUAAACAUUUUCAAAAGGUGUAAUUUAUUUAAAAUUGUCUCAUUUUGGUAAAAUUUAUGUGAACUUUUAAAGCUAAAUAUUAAACUUAAUAUGCUAUGUAAAUAUAUACAUAUAUACAUUUAAGGAUGUAUUUUUUUAAAACAUUGGCUUGCUUUUGUUAAAGUGCAAGUGUUACAUAUGGCUUUGUACAUUACAGUUGAAAGGGGUUUUACAUUUUCCAUUAAAAGACUUUUAUCAAGAAGCUGGCUGUUA